GGUUUUUAGGUUUUACACAACAUAAAGCCAUCACCCCACUCACCACACUACAUAUUCCUGAAACAGAAACGCUAAGCCAAUAGCAGCAAUGGUUAGAGACACAAAGCCUUUACCCUAUGCUGCUGUUAAUGGACACCAAAAAGACUUUGAUCCUAGUGCUCCUCCACCAUUUAAGAUUGCAGAAAUAAGAGCUGCCAUACCAAAACAUUGCUGGGUCAAGAACCCUUGGAGAUCCCUCAGUUAUGUUCUAAGGGAUGUCUUAGUAAUCACUGCAUUGAUAGCAACAGCAAUUCAUUUCAAUAGCUGGUUCUUUUGGCUCCUCUAUUGGCCUAUUCAAGGCACAAUGUUCUGGGCUCUAUUUGUUCUUGGACAUGAUUGUGGCCAUGGAAGCUUUUCAAACAGUCCUAUGCUGAAUAGCCUGGUGGGACACAUCUUGCAUUCAUCAAUUCUUGUUCCAUACCAUGGAUGGAGAAUUAGCCACAAAACACACCAUCAAAACCAUGGACACAUUGAGAAGGAUGAAUCAUGGGUUCCAUUAACAGAGAAGAUUUACAAGAAUCUAGACAGCAUGACAAGACUUGUGAGAUUCACUGUUCCGUUUCCAUUGUUUGUGUAUCCAUAUUAUUUGUGGUUAAGAAGCCCUGGGAAGGAAGGGUCUCACUUCAACCCUAAGAGCAAUCUGUUCUCACCCAGUGAAAGAUCAGGAGUAGCAAUUUCAACACUGUGUUGGGUUAUCAUGUUUUCUCUGCUUAUCUAUCUCUCCUUCAUAACUAGUCCACUUCUAUUGCUCAAGCUCUAUGGAAUUCCAUAUUGGAUAUUUGUUAUGUGGCUUGAUUUCGUCACAUACUUGCAUCACCAUGGUCACCAUCAGAAAUUACCUUGGUACCGCGGCAAGGAAUGGAGUUAUUUAAGAGGAGGCCUUACAACCGUUGAUCGUGAUUAUGGUUGGAUUAAUAACAUCCACCAUGACAUUGGCACACAUGUUAUCCACCAUCUCUUCCCUCAAAUUCCCCAUUAUCACCUCGUGGAAGCGACACAAGCAGCAAAAGAAGUUCUUGGAGGGUACUACCGUGAGCCAGAAAGAUCUGCGCCAAUACCAUUUCAUCUAAUAAAGUAUCUAAUGCAGAGCAUGAGACACGACCACUUCGUAAGUGACAUUGGUGACAUUGUUUUCUAUCAGACUGAUCCUCACUUGCAUCGAGACUGAGUGGAAAUUUUGGUCAUCUAUACUGUGAUGCUACUAGCUAAUCAAAUUGCUUUUUCUUUUUAAUUGUUACAUUUUGGAGUUUAACGUUUCCCGAACAACUUGCAAAUUUGUUGCAUAGAAAGGAAUAUAUAGUGGGCCUCCAUGGAAUAAUAUUUGAAAUUAGUAAGGUAAUGAAUAUUGAAUUGUCAGAUUCA